CAUGGGCAACCGGACGGAGAGGACCAACGUGGUUUGGAGACAGUUGCUUCACUGGCUUGCUUAAAUUCCACAGUUUAUGUCAGUAAUUAAUAGAUAUGACUGAAAAUAAAGCAGAGUCGGCCUCUAAGCCGACUAAAGAGCUUCUGGCGCUGAACCCCGCUCAGGAGUCAGAGUUUAAGAAGAAGGUGCAGGAGGCGAAGAAGAACAAAUCGAACAAGGGGAGUCGUUUGACCCCAGGAGUAGUUUAUGUCGGCCAUCUGCCACCGGGACUGUUUGAGCCUCAACUCAAAUCGUACUUCGGACAGUUUGGGGAGGUCCUGAGGCUGAGGCUAUCCAGGAGCAAGAAGACCGGUGGAAGUAAAGGCUAUGCUUUUAUAGAGUUUGACUGUGAUGAAGUAGCCAAGAUUGUUGCAGAGACUAUGAAUAAUUACCUCAUGGGAGAGAGACUCAUCAAAUGUCAUGUGAUUCCACCAGAGAAGGUGCACGAGAAGCUGUUCGUUGGCAGCCAAAGGCAAUUUAAAAAACCCUCAUACCCUGCUGUAACACGCUACAAUAAGAAGCACACCCCAGAGCAGGUUGCCAAGAUGACCGACAAGCUCCUGCGCAAAGAAUCGAAGCUCCGCAAGAGGCUUGCAGCACAUGGUAUCGACUAUGACUUCCCGGGAUUUGCUGCCCAGGUACCUCAGAAGAAGAAGUCCUCUGACACCAUGAACGCAUCCAUGUGUAGUGAGGACAGCACACCGGUCUGCACACCCUCUCUUCUGGAGAGGAGGAAGUCCAUGGUGGUUGACGACGAUGCAGAUGACGAGAUUGUUGUGAAGAUGCCGCCUGUAGAAAAAGAUGAAGAGGGCGCUGCAGAGGAAGAGGAGGAGAGUGACAGUGAGGAUGAGGAGGAAUCGGAGAGCGAGGAACCCUCUGAAGAGGAAGCAGAGGAACAAUGACAGUCUUGAGUGAUGUAUUGUGGACUUUGGUUGUCAGAGCCGAGGUACAUCAAGAUCAUGAACUGUGUCCAAAAGCAAACUGUCUUUCUGUAUGUAAAAAUCACAUUACAGUGAAGAAAGAGGCUCUUGUGUGACAUUUCACUGUAAUGAUAGGUAUUUUUGUUGGGACUGUGGAUGGUGAUGAUGGUAGAAUCAUCUCACUGAAGCCAACUGAUGACCAGCAGUUGUCCCUUGAUGUCUUUGACAAAGGCAGUUUUCCAUUUUAAUCUUACGUUUCUUUUGCCAUACAUGGCUGUACAUGUUGAAACGAACAUUCAGCAAAGUUAUGUAUUGCUUUGUAAAUAUUCUUCUGCUAUGUAAUCUAUGGUCUUUAAAAAUAAAUGAAUUAUUGAAUCA